GCCGCCGCAGCCGCGGGAGCCGCCGAGAGCGGGAUGGGUCCGGCCGGGCUGCGCCGCGCCCGCGGACUUAUAGCAAGAAUCCCUGUUGCUUUGAGAAGCACAAUGACCAUCUCACAGCUCUGUUUGGAGGAGAGGGCAUAGAAAGUCUGCUGCCACUGCACUCUGCCGAGGUGUGUGGUAAAAAUGGUGCAGAAAUACCAGUCCCCAGUUCGAGUCUACAAAUACCCUUUUGAGCUCGUCAUGGCAGCCUACGAGAAACGCUUUCCUACGUGCCCAGAGAUCCCAGUGUUCCUGGGGAGUGAAAUCCUGCACGAAUCCCGGAGCGAGGACGGAGCCAUCCACGUCAUCGAGCGCAGCUGCAAGCUGAACGUGGACGCUCCCAGGCUGCUGAAGAAGAUUGCAGGGGUGGAGCACGUGUUCUUCAUCCAGAGGAACACGGUGAACUGGAGGGAGCGGACGCUGCGCAUCGAGGCCCACAACGAGACCUUUGCCAACAGGGUGGUGGUCAGGGAGACCUGCAGCUACUCAGUUCACCCUGAGAAUGAGGACUGGACCUGCUUUGAGCAGUCAGCCUCCCUUGACAUCAAAUCCUUUUUUGGCUUUGAAAGCACUGUGGAAAAAAUUGCCAUGAAGCAGUACACCUCCAACAUCAAACGGGGCAAGGAGGUGAUCGAGCACUACCUGAAGGAGCUGAUCUCGCAGGGGAUCACGUUCAUCCCUCGCUGGAGCCCUCCCGCGGCGGAGGAGGAGCGAGCCCCGGCUCCGGGGCGGGCCCCCGGUGCCGCCCCGCAGGAAUCCGGGGCUGCUGGCACCAGCCGGGACCCUCCUGGCAGCCCCUGCCCGCCCCCCGAGCCUGCCAGCCCCGACGGUGACAAACUGGACGCUGACUACAUCGAGCGCUACCUGGGCCAGCUGACCCCGCUGCAGGAGAGCUGCCUGAUCCGCCUGCGCCAGUGGCUCCAGGAGACCCACAAGGGAAAGAUCCCCAAGGAUGAGCACAUCCUGCGGUUCCUGCGCGCCCGCGACUUCAACAUCGACAAAGCGCGGGAGAUGCUGUGCCAGUCGCUGGCCUGGCGCAAGCAGUACCAGGUGGAUCUCAUCCUGCAGUCCUGGAGACCCCCAGCCCUGCUGCAGGAGUACUACACUGGGGGCUGGCACUACCAGGACAAAGAUGGGCGGCCGCUCUACAUCCUCCGCCUCGGGCAGAUGGACACCAAGGGUUUGGUGAAGGCCCUGGGAGAGGAGUCCCUGCUGCGACACGUUCUGUCCAUUAAUGAGGAGGGACAGAAGAGAUGUGAGGAAAACACCAACAUCUUUGGCCGCCCCAUCACAUCCUGGACGUGCCUGGUGGACUUGGAAGGGCUCAAUAUGAGGCACCUCUGGCGGCCUGGGGUGAAGGCCCUGCUCAGGAUCAUCGAGGUGGUGGAGGACAACUACCCUGAGACCCUGGGGAGGCUCCUGAUUGUGAGGGCUCCACGGGUCUUCCCUGUGCUCUGGACCCUGGUCAGUCCCUUUAUCAAUGAGAACACAAGGCAGAAGUUCCUCAUCUACAGUGGCAAUAACUACCAGGGCUCAGGAGGGCUGGUGGAUUAUGUGGACAAGGAUGUGAUCCCAGACUUCCUGGGAGGAGACUGCAUGUGCACUGUCUCAGAGGGGGGGCUGGUCCCCAAGUCCCUGUACCAGAGCGAGGACGAGCCCGAGAACUCGGAUCACAUCCGCCUGUGGACAGAAACCAUCUACCACUCUGCCAGUGUCCUCAGAGGAGCCCCACACGAGAUACUCGUGGAGAUCCUGGAGGGGGAAUCUGUCAUCACCUGGGACUUUGACAUCCUGAAGGGAGAUGUGGUGUUCAGCCUCUUCCACUCCAAACGAGCUCCUGAGCCGAGUCACAAAGAAGCCACAGCACCAAGUCCCUGUGGUGCAGGGGACAACGUGCAGCUCAUUGACAAGAGCUGGGUGCUGGGGGUGGAUUACAGCAGGGUGGAGUCUCCCCUGGUCUGCAGGGAAGGAGAGAGCAUCCAGGGCUCCCAUGUCACUCGCUGGCCUGGCUUCUACAUCCUGCAGUGGAGGAUGCACGGGCCCCUGCCCUGCUCCAGCUCCAGCCUGCCCCGUGUGGACGAUGUCCUGGCCUCCCUGCAGGGCUCCAGCCACAAGUGCAAGCUCAUCUACUACUACGAGGUGCUGGCCUCCAAGGACUUCAGGGGAUCCAUGUCCAGCCUGGAAUCCUGCACCAGUGGCUUUUCCCAGCUGAGUGGAGUCACCACAUCUUCCAGCCAGUCCCAGAGCAGCUCCCACCUCUCCAGAUAGCAGAGCCAGGGCUGCAGCACCAGGGGCACCCAAACCAAAGAGCUCCAGGGCUGAGCCGUGGGGCAGCCACAGCCAUUUGGACACAGAGAGGCCUCUGGGGGCUGCUUCAACCACAAAAACUGAAAUUCCAAGGGCAGGUUUAGGGGUUUGGGCUCAGCUGCCUGCUCCUCAGUAGCCUCCUUCACCACCUGUGGGUUUGCAGGACCCCACUCCACUCCAAAGGGCUCUUUUCAGUUCUUUCCCCCAGAGGAGGCUGAUGUUGCCUUACCUGCUGCCCCUUGAGGGAAUUCCUGGGGGGCAAAACAAGGGAAUGUCCUGGGUGCCCACAGGGUUCUGCUCCCACACUGGGCAGUCAGGGGGGCAUUCCAGGGGCAGGGCCUUGGCAGGACCUCCCAACACCUGGGUACAGGCAGCAUGGCUCAGAAAUCACUUCCAGGCCAAACCAAAAACUCUCCUGGUCUGGCAGGAUGCUCUGGGAAAUGUGUUGGAUUUUUGUAACCCUGCUGAGAAACAAAGUUAAAAGGUUUUGGUUUUUUUUUUUUUUUUUUAGAAAUUCCAGGCAUUGAAUCUGCCUGCAGUGAGUGGCAUCUUCCAAACUAUUGUUUCUUUUUACUCAGGUUUACAGCAAUAAUGGGUAGGUCUGUCCCAUUCCCAAGUGGAUGGGAACUGAAUCCCGUCCUAAAGGGCUAAGCAAAGCAAUAUUUGAUUUCCUGUAGGCACAAGAUUUCCUGGCAGUAUUACAGAACUUGCUUCUUCUAAACAUGAGCUCACUUGAAACCAUUCAGAGAGGCAUGUAUGUAUGUAAGCACUUACUGAAGCCUAUUUAUUCUAUACUAGCUUAUUUUAAAUUAAUUUUUAACUUAUUACGUCAGAAAUGACUAUUUAUUAAAUACAGUCACCUUUUUUAAUGGGAUGAACUUUGUUUUAGAAAGGAAUAAUUGAUUGUCUUCAAUCCCAAGCAAUCUUUCUGCUUGGGUCCUGAUCUUUGUGAUCAGUGGAUGUUCUUGCAAAAGGGCUGCAUUGGGUAAGGGCUUGUGUCACCUUCCUUGCAAGGAAAGGUGAGAGUCCAGUGCUUUUUUAGAUUGUUUUUUAGGAUUAAGAAACGAGGAUAUAGUUCAGGAGUUGGCAUAAAGAUGCACUGUCUUCCUACACACCAAAAAUGCCACGUUUGUCCCUAAUCUCUGAUUGUUCCUGUAGUCAGGUUGGGGAGCAAAGUUAUCCAUGUUCUUGUCCAGGUGAAAAAAUGAUGAGAGCAGGUGUCAAAACUCACCAAGUUUUUAUUCAGGAAUCUGUGAAGUUGUUCCUUCCCACCCUGUUUUUUUAUAAUCACUGGUUUUGAAGCACCAGGCUCUGCCAAAUGAGAAAAGAGCCAAAAUAUUUGGGACAAUGGGAGACCAAGAACUUGACAUGGGGUUUUUUAAGGAUUGGAGCCAAGGGAAUCACUCUGCACCUUGCAUCUCUCCCUGUGAACAGGUAACUUGGUUAUGUAGAGCUCAGGGAAGUUCUGAUUUCCAGUUCUCAGUUGUUCCAUAGACUUUCAUGUUUCUCCCAGACAAAUGAAACUUCUGUCUCUGGCAUUUCAGCAUAACUGGAGUCUGAUAAAGAGGGACAAAUGUAAAUGUAAUUCCUACAUUUCCUCUGGAAAGUCGGGAAUUCUGGAAGCAGAAGUGCAUGUGUGUAUCCCUCAUGGAAAAUCCUUGACCCAGAAUAAAAUCUAAUUUAGAAACAGUUUCAGUCUCCCAAAGCCUCAGGAGCAAACCCAGCCCUGUCCCCCUGUGCUGUUUCAGGAUUUUACCUUCCCUUCUCACGUGGUUGCUCACAUCCUGUUCCUGGGUUUGCUCUGGGUAAGAAUCUCUUCCUUUGCCCUGAAUUUGUUUUUUUGGUAAUUUUGUUUUGAGAUGUGGGAUGUGCUGUUUUCUGCUCACCAGAAGUUUGACUUUUGUCAGUGGAGGAAUUUGGCCCUGGCAGAUCUCUCAAGGGUGAGGUCAGGGCUGGUUCCACAGGGUGCUCCUGGCUCUGGGGACAUCCCAAUCCCAGUUUUUCCUCUUGUCCCUUGGCAGUCCCACUCCUCUGCCCAUCAGAGAUCGUGCACAGGUUUGUGAAGCAGAUUGUGACCUCUCCAGGCUGCCUGCUUUAUCCCACCUGACAAUUUACUCUGAAAUCAAUUUACAUAAUUCAGUAUUUUUUCCUUUUUCUCCUGAAUAUUAACAGGAGAAAGGAAACAACAGCCUGGAUGCUGUGCUGUGCUUUCUAAACCUGACCUUGUGAACUGCAGAUCCCAGAGACACAGAAUUCUUCUACAUCACCUUUUCCCCCUCCAACUACAUCAGUGUGCUUAGAAAAUAAACUCAGAGUUUUCUUCACAGUGAGCUGAGUCUGGGAGGGAUUUUGGACCCUCAGAAAUCAGAACUUGGGCAAUGGGCUCAUUGUGGGUGGUGCAGCAAAGCCCUCCCGGCAGCGAGGCUGCUGAGCUCGGGCUGUGUGCAGGGAAGGAGCUGCUGGGUAAAAAGUGGCUCCCAGGAAAUUGGGGCUGUCCCUGGUUCAGAUAUUCCCUAUGCAAACACAACACCUACCUCAGAGCUGGUGCCAUGCCCGUGGGGGCAGGGGAGGGCAGGAUGCUGUGCCACGGGUGGCACCUGCAUUGCCAGAGCUCUCCAGGUGUGCCCCAUUGCCUGGGCUGGAAGGGCAAACAGAGCCCGAGGGGGGAUGGAUGGAUGUUGGAUGGCCUCAGCUGCGGUUCAGGGCACCGUCUGAGCCGGGUUUUGCUGCUCUCUGCUGGAGGAGGAUGAGGAGGAGGAGGAGAAGGGCUGAGCCCCGGGGCACAGGGGCGGCUCCAGCCCCGCAGGUGGCACCGGAGCCGGGAGCGCUGGGAGUCGGCUCGGGGCUCUCUCAGGGAGGCACCAGAACAGCUCAGUGAUUCCUGAGCUCAUUCCACAGCUCCUGAGCUCAGCUCAUUCCUCAGCUCCUGAGCUCAGCUCAGUGAUUCCACAGCUCCUGAGCUCUGCUCAGUGAUUCCUGAGCUCAGCUCAUUCCUCAGCUCCUGAGCUCAGCUCAGCCAUUCCACAGCUCCUGAGCUCAGCUCAGUGAUUCCACAGCUCCUGAGCUCAGCUCAGUGAUUCCACAGCUCCUGAGCUCAGCUUAGCCAUCCUCAGCUCCUGAGCUCAGCUCAGUGAUUCCUCAGCCAUUCUCAGCUCAGUCAUUCCUCAGCUCCUGAGCUCACUGUUGGGAGCAAUUCCUGACACUGAGCAGGCCAGGCACUCCCGAGUGCCUGAGAUGCAGCUGUGCUCUCUGCUCAGCCACUCUGGUUCUGUCUGUUCCUUUUCAGGAAGUGUGGAUAACAAUUUGUAAUCCCGGUUUGGUUUGUUGGCAGAUUCAGAAAAUGCCAUAAUCCACUCUCAGUUCCCAGCAGGAAUUGGUGAGCCCAGCUGCCACCACACUGGGCUGGGGAGCUGCUGGGGCUGAGGCCAGCCCUGCUCCAGGCAGGGAAUCCCUCAUUUCAAAAGGCAUUUUAUGAGCUCACACUGCUUUCAUGUCCCAAAUGUUUGUACUGUGAGCAAUUAAUGCAAGGAACAGCUAUUAGAGAUUGACUUGACAGCAGCUGUCAAAGAUUCCUGCAUGCAAUUAGCUUUAAUAUUCCUCCAACACCUUUGUGAUGCUCCUUACAUCUGAUUAUUUCUCUCUUGGAAGGUGAAAUUGGAGUCAAGUCACAUUUGCUGGCUUUUAGUGACACCACCACCCCCUUCCAAGCUUUCAGUUACACCUAAGUUAAAUGGGCAUUAAUUAAGUUUUUUAGCAGCACUUACUUUCUCUCCUUUGCAGCUGGCUUUGGUUUUAUACACUGAAAUCCUCAUUUUUCUCAGCCAAAACCCUCAAACCUCCUGUAAGAGCCCACUGCAGGGCACUGAAGAAACAGAUGUCCUCCUGUGAUGGUGUCUGUGUGUCCUGGUAGAGCUGUACUUUUGGGUAUGUGAGAAAUAAAACAUCUCUGAGAACAUG